UGUACUCCAUGCGUGUUUUGAGCCGAAGUGGUCUGGUGAUAUUUUCUGUGCUUUUGCGAGUUUUCUGAUCAACAUAAAUGUUGAAAUAGUUUUUAGUGGUUAUCGUCCGUUUUGUUGGCGACAGACGCGUCCAAGUAGUCCUACAAAGUUACCGGAUGUUUUCCCCUAAUUUGUGGAAAUUUCUAGCAAGUAGUGUAAUUAUCCCGCCAUGGAGGGUUUGGAGGAGAAGCUCAACGGUCUGUCCAUCGCUCUGCGGUCUCGCCCGGAGGAACCCACCUACCUGCUGGACCUCACCCUGCAGCCGAGCGGGCUGCUGGCCGUGUCCUGCUCCAACUUCACCGUCCACCUUCACAACAAGGACACUCUGAACCUGCUGGGAGAGUAUCGGGGCCACAGAGGGCCGCUCUGUGGGGUUGUUUUCUCCCACACCUCCCCUGACCUCCUCUACUCUGGUUCUGCUGAUGGGACAGUCCGGGGGUGGGACGUCCGCCGCCCCGGGUCAGAGGCAGCCCAGCUGUUUAAAAGCGAUCCGUCACACGGCUACUGUAGCGUCGACCUGAGCUGCAGCGACUCGCUCCUGUGCGCCGGCACCGAGCAGGUGAACGAUGAAGACAGCUUCCUGGUGUUCUGGGACGUCAGGAAACCGGGUGGCGGGCUUCUCGGGGUGUAUUCUGAGUCGCACAGUGACGACAUCACUCAGGUGCGCUUCCACCCUCGAGACAAAGACCGCCUGGCGUCCAGCUCCACUGACGGCCUUGUUAAUGUUUUUGACCUGAGCCGGGGGGCGGAGGAGGACGCGCUGCUGGCCACCUGUAACAGCGACUCGUCUGCCGGCUCGGUGUGCUGGUCUGGAGCAGAUUACACCCAGCUGCUGUGCCUCAGCCACGACGAGGGGCUGCACCUGUGGGAUCUGGGUCAGCUGGACACAGAGGAGCCUCUUACCGUUUUCAGCACCUCUGACGCUCGCAGCGUGACUCUGCUGGGUGACGGCGGAGGCGUGGAUUACCUGGUGGGGGGGCGGUGGCUGGAGGAGGCCCAGAAGCUGCUGGUGGUCGGAGGGAAGAACAGCGGGGAUCUCCACCUGAUGGAGUGUGACGGCGGGGGGCUUCGUCUGCUGAGGAGCCUCGUGGGCGGCCACGCCUCCACGGUGCGCUGCUUUCUGUGGGACGCAGCGGGGGAGGCUCUGAUCACCGGGGGAGAGGACGCUCAGCUGUUACUGUGGAAACCAGGAGGGGAGGAGCUCGCGACGGGGAAAAGGGAGACCAUGAAGAGCGAAUCAGCUUUGAGACUCAAAUCCAGGCCGCAUAAAAAGCACGGCUACCAGAGAGAAAAGAAGCAGCAGAGCCGAGAAACUGAAUCAAAAUACUGACUCAUACUGACAUUUUACAUUCUGAGAGAAAUCACAUUUCAACUGGAAGUUUCCUCUAAACUGUUCUGUACAUAAAGAAUAUCGUGUGUACACAGCCCCCCAGGAGAGGAAAUCCUUCACACCUGGUGUUAACAUGUGGUCUGGAUUCUUUAUUUGAAUAGAGACAUUUGAUCCACUGGCCUUUGCUUUCACACCAGGUGUUAAUAAGUCAUCAUUUUAUCUCAGUUCUGCCCACACUGUGAUCAGAUGUCAAUGUGCAAAUGAGUUAGGUAGAGCUGCCUUAUUGGUGUAGCCUGGUGCAUCCCAUCGCAUCCCGACUGCAGUGGGUUCUCCGUGCAUUAACGCCUGCACAGAUAUCCAGAUUCAGACCGAACAUUAGUGAACUUGUCUCAAUCCUGCACCACAGUUCUAAGCAGGUAUGAGGUACGUUGAUGCUGGAAAAGUGAAGCUUAAAUACACUCAGAGUCAGAUUAAACCAUUUGAGUUUUGAAUGAGCUCAUUUUAUUUUUUUCAGGCAAUGAACACAAAUAAAACUACGCAGGGCAGCUCCAGGAAGAUCUCAGAAAACAAAACAAAAACUUAACAUAUUUGGAAAAAGAUUUAGUUUUCUCUUUGUGAAAUAUAAGUGCCAGUGGCAGUUUGACUGACGACCACGUCCUGCGUACUCUCCUGUUGGUACAAAUCAGUACGCUACCUGAAGAAACGGGCCACUGUGAAUCUAAACGUACUGUACUGCUGAGGUUUCUCUGAGAUUUUCAUUUUUAAAUCAAGAUUUUUACCAAAUCAAGCGUUAGUUCAGGCAGGUAACAAGUCACGCUCAACUGAUAGCUCAGCUGAUUCCUCUCUGAGCAUUCAUUGGCAAAUUCCAUAUAAGGUGCCUUAUUUAAGCUGCUGCAGCCUGCCUGCCUGCCGUGGCUGCUUCCUCUGCAAACAGCUCAUAAACAGUGUUGGGCAAGUUACUUCCACAAUGUAAUACAUUAUAGAUUACUAGUUACUGUCAUUUGAGAGUAAUUAGUAAUAUUACAAUAUUGCUGUCUCUGAAUUGUAAUGCGUUACGCUACUUUUGAGUUACUGAGAUUCUGAUGUGCUGCAUUGGCAGGUUCUAGCGGUGCAGAGUUAUGUCCCCGGAUCGGAUGGGUCUGUCAUAAAAAUGAACCUUCUGAUUAAUAGCGGGGAAAGACGCUGUGUGCGUUUACGCGCCCGGUACAGCGGCAGGUCGUUGAUUAUUUGACUCUCCCGACAGGAUCGGUCAGGAUGAGCUGACAGCAGCCUCUCUGAUCAGGAAAGUAAAUCGUUAAAGAAACACACAGCUUAUAGAAAUCUGUUUUUCGCCUUCUCUCUAACUGCUGUUCAACAUCGAUCAGCUCCAACUCCAACAUGAUCCGCUCAGUUUCAGUCACCACUGUUCGUAGCAAACUACACCAACGAAGAAGAAGAAACUCAACACAGUGGAAUGUAGAAACCCAGAAACACAGGCACCAAUGCACAAGGGUAAAUGGGGUCUACGCCGCCGUAGACUCAACGCAAAAGUAUGAAUUGGCCUUUACUAGUGGAACAGCAAGAAGGACAGCUCGGCAUCGGUCCUGCAUCUUUUCAGCUCUUUUAGCUCACGCCAGCGAGGAAAAGCCGGUCUGAUAUUUAAUCUCGUCUUACUCUUGGUCGUCACUCUCUCUUUUUCUCUUCCCCGCUUCCUCCGACGUCUUCUUCGGUCUCUUCACAGCCUCUGCUGUGAUAUCCACACUGAGCUAGCUUCUUCCAAAGAACUUACAUUGAACAUUAUUUACUUUUUGCUUCUUCUUAGAACUGGCUGAAGAGUCGUGUUGCUGUAAAACAUUGUGCUGUUGUUGCGACAGGUUUCCUACCUGGGAUUUGAUGUCACAUGCAGCAGUACCAGGCGGCCGGGCCGGAGUGGCAAUGACAGAGACGCCGUUCACUCUUGUUACAAGUCAGUGUAGCAGCAAAGUGAUUUUGAAGCUGUUUUAAGAUAAAAUUAGCACAUAAUGUUGCUUUAAAGCUGAUGUGAUUCAAUCUGCUGGAUCUUGUUACUGCAUCACAUCCUGAAAGUCACCGGAGCCGCAGCGGGAUCGUGUGUGACUCAGGAGAAAUCCUGACCGUUCACCGAGCUCACGAGAGAGACGUUAAAGAUUCUCAGUGUGGUGAAUCAGCGACCUCAUGGAGUUUUUAUUUACUGACGUUUUUACUGACCGCUCUGCAGAGGUGGAAGAAGUACUCAGAUCAUUUACUGAAGUAAAAGUACAAAAUUAUUAGAAUCAAAAUACCAAAAGUAAACUACUCA